AUGUUUAAUGAGGGAACCAGCGAAAAUCUUCCUAGGAGCGAAACAAGGAACGAAACAAGGAACGAAACAAGGAGCGAAACACGGAGCGCUAUUUUAAGGAGCGAAACAAGGAGCGAUAAUUUAAGGAGUGAAACAAGGAGAAAUAAUUCUAGGAGAGAAACCAGAAGCGAUAAUUUUAGAAACGCAACAAGGAAGAACAAUUCCAAGAGCAAAACCAGGAGCGUCAAUUCAAGGAGCGAUAAUUCAAGGAGCGGAACAGGUCAAAAUAAUUCAAGGAGCGAUAAUUUAAGGAGCGAACUAAGGAAAAAUAAUUCCAGGAGGGUAACAAGGAGCGAUAAUUCUAGGAGCGAAAUAAGGGAAAAUAGUUCGAGGAGCAGAGUAAAGGGAGGUAAUGAUAGAACGGAAAUAAAAGAGAAUAACUCCAAGGGCGAAAUAGGGAAGAAGAAUCCUAAAAGUAAAAUGGGGGAAAGAAAUUCAGGGGGAGAAGGCGCAAACAAUGUUUCAAGAGAAGAAGUAGGUAGAAAUUAG